CCAUCCCGCGCCCAGGUCGACCCAAAUUCAAUUCACCCGACGCGCCCGCCGUCGCGCAUCCCGUUCAUCCCCAACCGCCGCCGCACCCUCUGGAGGCAAGCCAACCUCCGCCUGCUCCGUCUCCUUCCCCGCCACUCCGGGGGACGCCGCGGCCGACGGCAGCGCUCCGGCUCGGCGCAACUCCUCCGCGCGCCCGCCUGCGCCCGCCGUCUCUUCCAUCGCUGUGGGACGCCGCAGCCAGCUGUUCGGGGGAAGGUAGCGGCAAGAAGCGGCGGCGCUGCCAUCUUCCCAGGAGCGCGCCGGGAGAACUCAAAACUCCCAAACCCUCGCUCCUACUUUCUGAGACCGCGCGAUGGCGAGGCGAGGGCUGGCGGCUGGCGCCGGCGCCGUCUCCAGGGUUCGAUUCGCGCCGUCCUCUAACAACCUCAUAGUCUCCUCCUGGGACUCGGGGAUGCGGCUGUACGAUGCAGACAAAUCCAUUCUCCGGCUGGAGGCGAAUUCUGAGGCAGCACUUCUGGACUGCUGUUUCAAAGAUGAGUCUGCGGCCUUCGCAGGCGGUUCGGAUGGAUCUGUAAUAAGGUAUGACUUGAAUUCAGGGGCUCAAGAUACAGUGGGUCUGCAUGACGAUGUGGUUGUCAGCACUGAGUUCUCCCAGAUUACUGGUCAACUGGUAACUUCUAGCCUUGACAAGAAGUUACUUUUCUGGGAUACACACACAAGAAGUGUAAACCCUAACCACACUUUCAUGUUAGAUUCAGUGGUGGUAUCACUUUCAGUCUGUGGCAUGUAUAUAUUAGUCACAGUUGAGAGUGAUGUUUACUGGUAUGACAUGAGGAAUUUAACAGGGCCGAUUAAGGCAAAAGAUUCCCCCUUGAAGCAUCAUAUACGGUGUCUUUGUGCUUCUGCAGAGUGGAAUGGUUACGCGGCUGGAUAUAUGGAUGGAACUGUUGCGUUGAAGUAUUUUGACCAUAAAGUAGACAAUGACAUGGGAUAUACAUUUCGAUGUCAUCCAAGAUCAAAAGAUGGAACAUCCAGUUUAGUUCCCGUAAAUAGUAUAGCAGUUCAUCCAUCCAAGCAAACUUUUGUUACUGGAGAUAAUGAAGGAUAUGCCAUUGCCUGGGAUGCUUUUAAAAAAAAGAAGCUGCUUGAGUUUCCUAGCUUUUCGGGCAGUGUGGCGUCGAUGGCGUAUAACCAUAGUGGCCAACUCUUGGCUGUUGCUUCAAACUAUACUCAUCAAGGAGCAGACAGAGUGUUGGAGGUGGAGGGGCACCAGAUAUUUAUCGAAACGAUGCGGGAUUCCAAAAGGAAAAAGUCUCCCUGAGAGUAGAAGCUCUCUUCUUACCCAGACCGGUCCAGCCUACUUCUUGUACAACUAAUCAAGCCUGCGACUGUAGCCUCCCCCCUAACAUUAUUGAGCCGGGCAGAGUAGCAUUCAUGCCAUCAUAUGUUGUGUUGUGUUUUGUUGUAUGCAUGUUUAGGCAUUCAUGCCAUCUUUUGAUUGCUAUACACCUGGUGUGCCUUGCCUUGACUGGAGCAACGAUUGUAGUAUUUUAUAAUUUAUAUGCAGUUGUGUAGAGUUGUGAUA